AUGGCUUCAAUUCUUGUGCCUGAAGUACCAGCUCCAGGAUUUUCCUUUGAAAACUGCCAACGCAAUGCAUUUUUGGCGCAGAAGGGAUUCCCAGCGCCCACGGCCACUAAAACCGGUACAACUAUCGUAGGUAUUAUAUACGCGGAUGGUGUGAUUCUCGGCGCUGACACCCGAGCUACGGAGAACACUGUAGUGUCUGACAAAAACUGUCAGAAAAUCCAUUACCUUGCCGGAAACAUGUACUGUUGCGGUGCCGGUACUGCCGCCGACACCGAAAUGACUACACAAACAGUUGCAUCACAGUUGGAGUUGCAGCGAUUGCAUACGGGGCGCACGGUACCCGUCGAGACUGCUGCAACUCUACUGAAGCGUAUGCUCUUCCGUUAUCAAGGUUAUAUUGGAGCUGCUUUGGUCCUUGGCGGAGUUGAUAGAACUGGGCCUCACAUCUACUGCAUUUACCCUCACGGGUCUGUAGAUAAGUUGCCUUAUGCUACUAUGGGUUCAGGUUCAUUAGCUGCUAUGGCAGUGUUUGAGGCUGGUUGGAAGCCAAACAUGAAUGAAGAGGAAGGAAAGAAACUUGUUAGAGAUGCUAUUGCUGCUGGUAUCUUCAAUGACUUGGGAUCUGGCUCUAAUGUUGAUCUGUGUGUCAUACGUAGCUCAGGACCUGCUCAGUAUCUCAGAACAUAUGAAGAAGCCAAUGUCAAGGGCAAGAAACAAGGAUCCUACAGGUAUGCCCCCGGUACUACAGCUGUGCUGAAGCAGCGUGUCAUUCCCCUGGAGGUUACAUCUGUUAGUGUGUCCAGCCCUCAGCCAAUGGAAGUAGAACCUAGCCACAGCCGCCGUUAA